AAUAUAUAUUAAUUUAUGUAGUAUUAUGGUAAUAUGCCAUUUCUGAAUUAAGCGACUAAUUAACGUUCACUUUUAUACAUUUUUUUUUCAAUUUAAAUUUUUGUUUAAAUUUUAGAAAGUUCUAUUAAUUUCGGAAUGAAUCUUACACAUGCCAACCAAAUAUUAUUAUUUGCACAUUCGUGAUGUCAACAUGCAUCUUUAUUCUUAAGUGUAUCGUCUAAUCCGAGCAUGCAUAUACCCGUUGUAAUGUCAUUCAGAGCUAUAUUAAGAAAAAGGAUAAUGGUGAUUUUUUUAAAGCAUAAGAGUAGUUUAAUAGAUUAUCAGUACUUCCUUCAAAAUAGAUAACGCAAGUUAUCGAAAGUUAUCGCAGUUAGAAAAACUUUAAAAGACAGGUCAGUGGUGAGGGGAUUUUAAAAUGUUAACUGAUUUUUUAAGCUUCACAAAAUUUAGUCGAUACUGUUGAAGAAAGUUUCUGUGUCAUAUCAAAUUAUUCAAACUACUGUUAUAUCCAACGAGAGAAAGCAUAUCAAUGUUUGUGGCUAAUUAUAAUUUAGAAUUUAAACCUCAUUGUAAGUUGUGUGUGAUUAAAAAAAUCUGAUGAACAAAAGGACAAACACAAGACGAACCAAAUUAAUAAAAAUUGGAUACUGGCUUUACAUAACAUAAGAUCGGAAAUUGAAUUGACACUGGAUAUGAUUCGUUUGAUAGUGACUCAAUUCCACAAGGAUGUGUUUCCAGGAUAGUUUUCCAAGUGAACGCUUAUAAAAGAAGGAUAGUCUAAUGUAGCCUUCAAAUCAGUUGAUAAACGAUAAGUACAAUGCAGAACAUCACGGAUACCAUAUGUUUGCUAGAUUGCUCGUAUUGGGGGGACAAUGUUACUACACUUUGUAUGAAUAUCACCACCGCGACAAGCGACCCCGCUACAAACGAGGCCGCUACCAUCACCUACAUACAAGAAACGGUUUCCAACUGGCUGUGGCGGACGGUUCCUCUAAUUCUAUUAUGCAUAGGAUUGAUAGGCAACGCGUUGACGGUGCGUGUGCUGACGCGGCUCGGUACCGCGCGCCAGCCAACGUUAACGUUUCUCCUAUUCCUCGCUAUAACAGAUACCGUCGUUUUGUUGACGGGACUACCACGCUACUGGAUUUCAUACACAUUCGACUACGAUAUUCUUCUCAUCAGUAACGCCGGCUGCAAGUUUUAUUAUUUCUUCAUCUACUCGUCAAUGCAGUUCUCUUCAUGGAUCCUCGUUGGAGUCUCCGUAGAACGGGUUGUAAAAACAUAUUUUCCGUUCCGUUAUAAACGUUUGUAUACCACUAAACGGGUUAAAAUAGGACUAGUUAUUACGUUAUUUGUAUUGAUAUUAGUUAACAUUCAUUUCUUUUUCACGAAUGGUAUCAAUGACUACACUGAGGGAGAGUGUUCAUCUCUGACGCCAGAAACCUAUUGGUUUGACGAAUACGUGUUCGUUUAUAUCGAUCUCACAGUAUUAAGCUUAGUUCCUUUCGUCAUCAUGCUCAUUUCAAACAUAUUUCUAAUCCGAGUACUCAGAAGAGUUCAGAGGGAGCGCUCGGAUAUGAUGCAUGAAAAGUACGUCAAGAACGCCAACAGGUUCAGCAUACGCAUGACAAAGAUGCUCCUGGUAUGCACGAUGUACUUUCUUGUAGCCACCGCGCCAAUCAGCAUCUACUUCGUUGUCGAUUCGUACUUCCUUCCUAGGUUCGAAGAAUCUGGAGACGAAGCUAGCGUGGCCCGAAUGGACCUUGCCUGGAGUACAACAUACCUGUUCAGUUUCUCCAACUACUGCGUCAACUUCUACCUAUACACAGCCAUGAACGACCGCUUCUCUCGGGAGCUCCGGGCUGUUCUCUGCUGUAAACCAAGUGGCCGCCGGUGGAGCAGUGUGUACAGCGUUCGCGGAGAAAGCAGUUACCGGGGACAGUUCAGCAGCCAUGGUCUGGAUUUACAAACCGAAGAAUCGGAAACCAAUGAAACUGUGAUCUCGGACACUAUACAUAGCCAUCCGGUAGCUGGGUCGUCCGAAGAAGGAGUGAUUAAAUGUUGUUAAUUAUUGAUUGAUUUUUGUAUUUAUUUAUUUAUUUAUUUAUUUAUUUAUUUAUUUAUUUAUUUAUUUAUUUAUUUAUUUAUUAUUUAUUUAGUAAUUUAUUUACUGAUUUAUUUAUUAUGAAGUGUACCUUUUAAUUUUCUCGUUAUAAAAUACUUAAUUUGAAAUUACUCUUGUAAAACUGUUAGUAAAUAAAUA